AUGCCUCGACGCGACGUAGAAUUCAAAACCAUCGACCAAGUCACCCUGCGCGGAUGGCUCUACACACCAGAAAAUACUCAACAAACACCAACAGAUAUCAGUAGCAACAUUCCCCACGAUAAUGGAGCCAAAAAUCUCAUAUCAUGCCUCAUCAUGACCCACGGCUGGUCUUGCGUGAAAGAAAUGGAUCUUCCCCGCUUCGCUGAAGCCUUCACGUCCGCCCUCUCUAUUGCUGUACUCAUCUACGACCAUCGUAGCUUCGGAUCCUCAGACACAAAACCUGACUGCCCCGAGCGAGAGAUUGUGCCUUGGGAACAGCAGAGCGAUAUUUCAGAUGCCGUGUCCUACCUUCAAGUCGAGUGUUCGGACUUCAUCAAUCCCGAGAAAAUCGCCCUUUGGGGUUACAGUUUCGCGGGCGGACAUGCAAUCACUGUUGGCGCGAGUGAUCCGAGAAUCAAAGCUGUAAUCGCCUGCGCGCCUGUUGUCAGUGGCUGGGGUCAGGCGAGGAGGAUCAUCAGGCCAGAAGUGUUAGGAUCGACAUUGAAGGCUUUUGAGGAAGACCGCAAAGCCCGCUAUACUGGCGGCAAUCAACCUAUAGCCCGCAUUCCGGUUGUCUCCUCCGAUCCCAACGGGAUCGCCUCUCUCGCUGCUCCCGAAGCCUACGCAUACUUCUCCAAGUAUGAUAAGUCCAACAACCUCUCCUCAACCUGGCUCAACGAUAUGACGCUCCGCACAUCCUAUCUUCCACUGUUCCACGAGGCUCAAGGAUACAUUCAGUACAUCUCUCCUCGUCCGCUGUUGAUGAUCGUCAUGGACCGGGAUGCGCAAGCCAUGACGGACUUGGAGUUGGAAGCGUAUGAAAAAGCGCGAGAGCCCAAGGAAUUGCAAAUGUUGAAGGGAGGACAUUUUGAUUUGUUCGGCGAAGGAAACUUCGAAAAGGCAGUAGAGAAGCAAAUUGACUUUUUGAGGAGAUGGGUUGUCGAUUCGUAG